GUUCCUUUAAACAUGGCGGGUGUAAAUAGUGAAGAUUCACAAUCUAAGGUCAAAGAUCUUUAUGUGGAAGGGGCAUAUACAAAUGAAGUAGUUAAAACUAUCGUAGAGUCAGCAGGUUACGAUAAGCCCCCUGAUGACGUUCUUCAAUAUUUGGCAGAAACUAUCACUUUCCGUAUAAAGCAAAUAGUCCAGGAAGCAGCUAAGUUUCAAAACAAAUCAAAACGGAAACAGUUGAAAUCAGCUGAUAUUGAUAACGCUUUGCGAGUGAAAAAUGUCGAACCCGUAUAUGGAUUUAGCUCAAGUGACUUUGUUCCAUUCCGGUAUGCUAGCGGGGGAGGCCGUGAAGUAUACUUUCAGGAGGAACAAGAGGUUGACCUUGAAGAAAUUAUGUCUCAAAAUUUGCCAAAAAUUCCAUUAGAUAUUGCUCUCAAAUCGCAUUGGCUUGCAGUAGAUGGUGUUCAGCCAUCUAUACCUGAAAAUCCACCUCCCAUAUCUAAAGAUAUCCAGUUGAAGGAUAAUGUGGAUCCAGUGAUAAAAAGUGAACACAUAAGUGAAGUUCCGGUUGAUGGUUUACCCCAAGAAGAAAAGACACAUGUCAAAGAUACAAAGCAAAAAGAACAUAAGUUAGACAAGAAAAAAAUGGAGGAAUUUAAAAAGAUGAAAGAUGCACACAAAAAUGACGUUCAGAAGUUAAAACCAUUGGUUACACAUGAGUUGUCUGUGGAACAACAAUUGUAUUAUAAGGAAAUUACAGAAGCUUGUGUUGGGUCCAAUGAAGUAAAGCGUACUGAUGCCCUUCAGAGCUUAUCUUCUGAUCCUGGACUAUAUCAACUUUUACCUCAUUUUGUGACUUUUAUUGCUGAGGGUGUACGUGUAAAUGUUGGUCAACACAAUUUGGCUUUAUUAAUUUAUUUGCUUAGGAUGAUCAAGUCCUUAAUGGAAAAUUCAACGUUGUACUUGGAAAAAUAUUUGCACGAACUGGUCCCUGCAGUUAUAACAUGUAUUGUAAAUAAACAGUUGUGUCCUCGGCCUGAUUUUGAAAAUCAUUGGGCUUUGCGUGAUUUUGCUUCUAGAUUAAUGGCCCUAAUCUGCAAACAUUUUAGUACAACAACAAAUAAUAUUCAAUCUAGAGUUACAAAAACUUUGUGUACAUCGUUGUAUAAUGAGAACGCACCUUUAGUAACACAUUAUGGAGCUAUUGCUGGACUGUCAGAGUUGGGUUUAGAGGUUCUUAAAUUCUUCGUUUUGCCACGAUUAAAGCUAGAAGGUGAUCUCAUAAAACAGGCAUUAGAAGGUAACACUUCUGAUAAAAAAUCUGCAGAACAUUUACAAGCCUUACUCAUCAAACAUUGUUCUGUGGCCAUUGCAAAGACUCAUUCACCACCAGAUGUACAUGCACAGUUUGUAACUGAUUUUGGAUAUCUUGGUACAGCAAUUUGCACUAAAGUUCAACAGUUGCGAAUGUCUCAGGGCAAUCCAAGCAGAACACCAGUCACACCUGUUUUAUUGCAAGCAAUGUCAAAAUAAUGCAUAUAUACAUUAAUUUGCAUGCAGGGUCGGCAAAGUGAUUUUGUCGCUUUGGUCCAAAAUUUUGUACAUACAUUUUAUACAAAAUGAUCCCAUGUUUAUAAAAAUCAAAAGA